AUGAAUUGGUUCAACUCCCUACCCAUAGGGUCGAUUGACACCUUCGCUCGGUUGUUGACCCGGUUCACCAACCAAUUCGCCAUCAACAAACAAUAUGCCAAGACCCCAGCUCAUCUUUUCUCUGUAGUACAGAGAGAUAACGAAACGCUCCGCAACUACAUUAAGCGUUUCGUAGAGGCCGUCCACGAAGUCCCCAGUGUAGGGCAAGACAUGCUCUCCGGGAUUAUGCAGCAGAACUUGAAACCUGGUAGAUUCAAAGAAUCUAUCGCCGGAAGACCCCCAGGCAAUUUAGAGGAGUUGCUGAAUCGAGCCGAAAAAUACGUCCGGAUAGAGGAAGCCUCUACCCAUGCUCAUCCUAAAAGAAAAAGGGAAGAUGACCGUCAGGACAAUAGGAGGCGCGAUGAUCGACGUCCACCGCUUCCACCUCAAGGCCAACCCUCUUCCUCCUACAAUAGGUUCACUCCGCUAAACGCUCGCCUCAUGGAAAUCCUUCACGUGAUAGAACAGAAAGGGCAUACUACGGAGGAAUGUGCACAACUCAAAGUGGCAAUUGAGAGGCUGAUCAAACAGGGCCAUUUAGGCGAAUACAUUGAUAAGCCGCGAAAUAAGCGCCGUGAUGAUCCUCCACGCCGAGAUAACAAUCGAGAUCAACAACAAAGACGAGAGGAUGGGGGUCAUCGACGUGACCUAGAUAACAACGAUAACCAGCCUACCCGGGGAAUCAUCUCAUUUAUCUCCGGAGGACCGGCGGGGGGCGAUUCACAAAAUGCAAGACGCACCCUCGCUCGAUCAGCACGCAUGAAUCAAGAACGUGCUUCUCCAUCCGCACGCAUAUAUCAAAUACGAAGACCUGAUCAUAGCAUAGUCUUCAACUCUUCCGACCUUGAAGGUCCAGAUGAAGACCAUGUCGAUGCAUUGGUAGUAACAACAACGGUGGCCAACUUCUUGGUCAAGAAGAUAUUAGUGGACGGUGGGAGCUCAGCUGACAUCAUGUACCUCCACGCUUUUAAGCAGCUAGGCAUAGAUAAUGCCCGUUUUAGUCCCAUCUCCACACCCUUGAAAGGGUUCACAUGA